AUGCGAAGAAUCAUCCCAGCCGACUUCAUCGCCUCAGACCGCGGCGGGGUCGUUGAAAACAGACACAGCGUCCAUGCAGCCAUCACCGACGCCGCGGGCAACCUCCUCUACGCAGUCGGCGAUCCCUAUCGAAUGACGCUCGCCCGCUCAGCAGCCAAACCCGCACAGGCGCUAGCAAUCCUCGAAACGGGUGCAGUGGACAGAUUCAACUUCGACGACGCCGAUCUGGCCUUCAUGUGCGCCUCGAAUAGCAGCGAGGAGCGACAUAUCGCUCGCGCCCGGAGUAUGUUGUCCAAAGUCUCUGCUUCCGAGGCUGAUCUCCGCUGCGGUGGACAUCCUCCUCUCUCUGAAACUGUACAGCGCGCGUGGAUCAAGAGUGAUUUUAUCCCGACUCCGGUUUGUAGUAAUUGUUCUGGCAAGCAUGUCGGUAUGAUUGCGGGGGCGAAGGUGUUGGGUGGUGAUGUGGCGGAUUAUCACUUGUCUACGCAUCCUGUUCAAAUGCAUGUGAAACGUGUUGUUGAUGAUGUCUGCGGUCUUGGGGAGGAUGGGUCUGUUUGGGGUCUUGAUGGGUGUAAUUUGCCUGCUCCGGCUUUCGAAUUGAACUAUCUGGCUCGUAUGAAUGCGACCUUCGCUGCGGCGGCUGAUGCUACGGCGUUGGGUUCUGGUACAUCUUCGAGAACGAAGGCUUUGAGUCGGGUCUUCCAUGCUAUGUGGCAAAAUCCUGAGUUCGUCGCGGGAGAGAACCGCUUUUGUACAAUCCUCAUGACUGCAUUCCAAGGCCUGCUGAUUGGGAAGCUCGGGGCGGAUGGCUGCUAUGGCAUCGGCAUUCGGGAGUGUGAGCAAACAAGAUGCCUUGGAGCAGAGGGUGCGAUUGGGAUUUCAGUGAAGAUUGAAGAUGGCAAUAUUGGUGUUCUUUACUUGGCUGUGGCGGAGAUUUUGGAGCAGCUUAAGAUUGGAGAGCCUGAGAUGCGUCAAGCGCUCUCUGCCUUUCACCACCAAAAGAUUUUCAACACUGUUAAUGUUCAGACUGGCAAGGUCUCGCCUUGCUUCCAAGUGCGAGCAGCAUGA